CGGGGGAAAGCGGACUAUAAAGUCGGUGGCAUCUUGGGGGGAAGUAUCCAGUAAAGUCUGGACUUCGCCCAGAUAUCGGAGUGCCUGUAAGACAUGAAAUUUUUGAUUCCUACGAUAUUGUUUGGCCUACUGGCCACAGCGGUGUGCGAGAAGGAAACCACGAAGAACGUGGCAGCUCAAGAAUCUAACGUAGAAAAGAAGCAAGAGAAACGAGGACUCAGUCAUCUCGAGGGAGGCAUCGAAGGCGGUGACUACGGCGGAGGUCAUGAGAUCGCUCUGUCGGGAGGCCAUGGCGGUGGAUACGAAGGAGGUGACUAUGGUGGUGGCUACGGCGGUGGUUCUGGUGGAGGCUAUGGUGGUGGCUACGACGAAGGUGGCAAAGUAAAGGAAGUCACGAUCGUAAAGAGCGUGAAGGUACCCUAUCCGGUCGAGAAGAAGGUCCACUAUCCAGUAGAGAAAGAAAUACCAUACCCAGUCAAGGUCCCCGUGCCACAACCGUACCCAGUGGAAAAGAAGAUUCCGGUACCAGUAAAGGUUCUGGUCAAAGUACCAGUCCAUAUUCCACAACCCUAUCCCGUGGAGAAGAAGAUACCGUAUCCUGUCCAAAUACCCGUAGAAAGACCAGUACCGUACAAAGUUUACGUGCCACAACCGUAUCCAGUGGAGAAGAAUGUACCUUACCCCGUGAAGGUACCUGUACCACAGCCGUACCCCGUCGAGAAGCCUGUACCAUACCCCGUGAAAGUCGUGGAACACGUUCCCCAGCCAUUCCCUGUUGACAAACCUGUACCGUACCCUGUGAAUAUACCUAUUGACCGACCUUAUCCCGUUCACAUCUCGAAACCGUACCCAGUUCCGGUUGAGAAGCCGGUACCAGUGCCUGUCGAGAAGGCUGUACCUUAUCCAGUCAAGGUACCCGUAGAGAGACCAGUCGGAGUUCCCGUAGAAAAGCCAGUACCUGUCGAAGUUAAGGUACCCAUACCAGCGCCAUACCCAGUGGAGAAACAUGUGCCGGUUCCUGUUGAAAAGCCUGUACCCUACGCGGUUAAAGUACCAGUCGAACGACCAGUAGCAGUUCAAGUUACGAAGCCAGUACCAGUGCCUGUCGCCAAACCUGUGCCCUAUCCAGUUAAGGUACCUGUACCUGUGUCAGUGCACAGCCACGGAGGAGGUUAUGAGUCUGGAGGUUACGAAUCUGGAGGUUACGAAUCUGGAGGUUAUGAAUCUGGUGGUGGCUAUGAGUCUAGUUAUGGAGGGCAUUAGAAGAAUUAAGAUCGAAAGGUCGCCAUUGAUACCUGGUAAUAUCGGCUCGACCGCCAAAAUUGUCGCGUCGCCUUGAUUUCCCCCUUUUGGAAAUUCCUUAGAAUUCAUUUUCGACGCGACGAGGGGAUAUUUAUUUUAAUUAUUUCUAAAAAAAUAAUGAUUUUCGCUGGGUUGAAGAACGAUUUAUAGAAAGAAUGAGUUGCGAAGUGGACGCUAGUUUUUGGGAGAAAGCGUUCUUCAGCCAGUGAUUCAUUCUAUUUAGAUCCUAGUGUUUUGAUAUCCUUUGAUACCUGAGUACCUAAGAAUACACAAAUUGUACAUGUACGAUGUAUUGUAUAAAGAUUCACGCGGCGUCCGUCGGCAGAGUGACUGAUUUGAGCUCAGCUCGUCGGACGCCCAUAUACCAUGUCUUUCGCUUCUUUCUAAUAAAACCAAAGA